UCAGUGUUAGUUAACGCUUAAAAAUGGCAGCUGUGCAGCUUAACGAGGCGCAAUUCUGGCAGUCCAUAGCAAUAUUAAUAAGAAACUAUCAUGCCUUGAAUAAAAAAAUAUUCGAGGUGCUUAUAACAGAAGUGCAAAAACUGCAGCUGGGGAAACUCUAUGAGUCCAAUGAAGCUGAGCUGGAACAACAGCUGUUGCAAAGCAAUGGCAAUGCGAGAACCUACGAGGGUUUUAGGAUUAGCUAUAAAAUGUUGACCAAAAAGCUGUCCUCAAAUAUUUUGGCCAAUGGAAUUGUGGAUUUUAGCAAGCAGAGCUAUGAAUGCCAUUUCGUGGCGGACUCGGAAUUCGAUGACUUCGUCGUGCAACUAAUCGAUGGACAACUGAAAGCGGAGCCGCUGGCAAAGCAUCCAGGCGAAGAGUGUGAGCAAGCCGCACGCUGGGCGCACUUUGUGUUGAAGCCAAAGCUGUGCAGCUGGGCACAGAGCCGGUCAGACAAAAAUGUGCAGAAAUCGCUAAGACUAUUGGAUGUGGAAAUGUACUGCGAGCUCUACAAAAAGUUGAAACAGAAGCAUGCGCAACGUCUGCUGCAAUACUGGCAGACGGCGAAUGAAUCGACGGAUCCGUUAAAGUUCAUUUACGAGGAUUUAGCUAUUGCUGCUUACCUAAUCACGCUUUGGGACUGCACGCAAUCGCAGCCGACAGCAUUCGCUGACCUCGGCUGUGGGAAUGGCCUACUGGUCCAUGUGCUCAAUGCGGAAGGGUAUGAAGGCUAUGGUUACGAUGUGCGGCGGCGUAAACUGUGGUCCCUCUAUCCGGAGCCAACGAGUUCUCAUCUAAUUGAACAAACUGUGGAGCCGAACAGUUUUCAGCUAAAUCAUCCAGACAUUGACUGGCUCAUUGGGAACCACUCUGACGAACUGUCACCCUGGCUGCCCGUCUUGGCGGCUCGACUGAAAACCAGUUUUUUCUUACUGCCCUGCUGUCCGUUUGAGCUAUCCGGCGCCAAGUUCCAGCGGCGCAAUACUAGCAUCAGCGCCUAUCAGGAUUUUUUGCUCUACGCACACCAAUUGUCCGAUCUAUGUGGCUUUGAAACUCAGCAGGAUCGCCUUAAAAUCCCAAGCACCAAGCGCUUGUCUUUGAUUGGCUUGAAGCAGACGGCGAAGCCUGUCCAGGAACUGGAAUUUUUAGUACAGCAAGAGCUACAAAAGCAUAGAGCGGGAAGCAUGGAUAAUUCGGUGAAGCUUCGCGAGAAAGCGGAGAGUGUGAGGAACUGCACUCAGGUGGAAAAGAGCAUAAUCGAUUCAUUAGUACUGAAGAUCUUUAACAUGUUGUUAUCCAAUGCUAAGACAACUAAUGGCAAUGAUGCGGGUAACAAAUGGCUGCCUGGACAGCAGCUGACAAUGCGUGAUAUAGCCCAAGGGCUGACCAAACCAGAGUUAACCGGUAUCAAGUCCGAAUGCGGCGGCAUUAAAACGCUACUGCGUAACAAGCACGAGGUUUUUGAGUUUUGCGGCGAUGAUCGCAUCGGCAUACGAAAGCCCAAAGCAGCUGCGGAGAAGACAGGAAAAUUGUUGACAAUCAAAAAACGACCCUGCUUCUUUAAGCUACACCAUCCACAGGGUUGUCCACUGGAGGACGGAGAGUGCUCUUUUAUACAUUAGUUGUGCAAAUAUAUAAGCUUAAAUCGACAUAAAAUUUAUGAAUAAUACAAAAAAAUACAUAUUUAUUUUGGGAUA